AUGUUUUAUGAGUCUGAUCCUGAAUUAUGAAAAGAAUUUGUGAUUGAAAAUAAAAAUAAAUUUUCAUUUAAAGGUAUCUUAAGAGCAAUAAGAUAUUAUAAAGCACCUUUUGAGGCAAUCAUAUUUUUACUAGAAACAUAUAAAAAUAAAUUAUCUCCGGAAUGGAUAGGCGCAGCCAUGGAUAGACUUCCUGAAGUGGAAAAUAUUCAAAUACUAAAUGAUUUUGCUCGUAUUCUAAACAAAAUAGACCCUCAUUAUUUAUUAAAUGAUCAUAAUAUUUAUAGGAGAAUUGAUAAACUUUAUUGUCUUUUUGUAGAUUCUGACUAUAGUUUACUGACAGAUUUAUUUACUGGUGCAUUUAACUUGCUAACUCUCCCCACUGUGAGCGAACAAAAAAAUUAUAUAGAAAUUUUCUAGAAAUUGCUUUUUUUAAAAUUUAAAAAAAAUUCCAAUUUGUAAAAAUUGAGAAAUAAAAAUUAAUUUAUUUACGAUAUUUAUGUAUUAAAAUGCAAAUUUUAAAAUUAAACAGAAUUAACUUGAGAUUUCAUUAUAAUAAUUAUUACUCAUACAUCAAACUUUUUUUUUAUAAAAUAUUUUUAUAUUAAAACCAUUUUGUUCGCUCACUGAGGAUAGGCUUUUAGGCAAAAAAUAGGGAUUUUUCUAAUGGUUUUAUUCCCUUACUAAAGGGAGAGUAAAGGACUUGCCUAUUCAUUCUGUCUUUAGCAAUUCAAAUAUCAAAAUACCCAGCUUGGGUGCCGCACAAAUAAAAUGGUGAUGUGAAAGCCGUUUGCAACCCAUUCAGAGCUUUAGGACUUGAUGUGCCUAA